AUGGACGGACGGAGCUUUUCCCGGGGAAGAGGCUCGUCCCGUGUGGAUCAGGGCCCAAGGCCGAGGGCGCCUCCUCCCUGGGGCCGGGAGCAUGGAGGCCGACCUCCGAGGCCCACGACGCCGCUGCUCCUUUUCAGGAAAGGGAGGCCGAGCUCGGGAAGGGGCUGGCGGGCAAAGAGCUUCUUUGCCGGGAGCAGCCAGCCUGGUGAGGCGGACCCUCCCGUCACGACACGUGUCCUUAGUGAUGCUGACAAUAAGCUGGGCUAACUUGGGUCAGAGCUGCUGAAGAGAGCGUGCUUGUGACCGUGGAAGGGCUCCUCUCAGUCCCCAAAGGACAGAAUGGUAGAAGAACUGGAUCAUGUGGAUGGAGACCUGUACAGAAUGAUCAACUAUUCGCCUGAUGUAGCUGUUUUACCAGAAGAAGGGAAAUAUGCUGAAGUAUAAAAUGCAUUAGCGAAUGUUCAUCCUCACAUGAGUGUCUAUAAGGAGGAGGAUAUCCCAAGUAGACUGCAUUACCAACACAGCUGUAGAAUUCAACCCAUUUUAGCAGUUACUGAUGAAGGAUGGGAAAUCUUGAUUUUAUCACUGUAUACAUAUGAAUGUCAAAAGAUGGCAGUAAAUGAGAAUUUGUUUCUUCUUUUUCUAGUGAGUAACCAUGGAUGCGACAAUGUGCUACCAGAUAUGCAGCCUAUCUUCUUAGCCCAUGGGCCUGCCUUUAGAAAGAACCUCACCAAGCAAGCUAUGAAUUUCACAGUAUAUCCCCUUUUGUGUCAUCCAUUGGAUAUUACUCCACUGCCCAACAACAGGUCGCUUGACAAUGUGAAGGAUCAACAUAUAAACUAUCAGCAAGAAUCAUAUGCCUGUUUUAUUGGAGUUUUUCUUGGCAGCAUACCUGUCUUUGUCUUUCCUCUGUUGUUCAUAAAACAUUUAACUCAGUCACAUGCCAGGUCUGUGGGUACAAAAUGCUGAAAUACCUGAGCCAUUGCUUCAGACUUAAUGCUUUCUUAAAAUAAAGGCACUGUUCAUAGGAAGCCUUCUUAGAAAUUGUGUAUGUGUAUGAACAAGAGCAAUACCAUGUGAAAUCUCCUGUUCAACUAGGAUAGACAAAAACUUUUAUAGAGAAACAUGGAAGGCUAAGUCACUGGAAAUCUGAGAAGGAAAUAAUCUUAAAUACAC